GCCGAGGCGGCAGCAGUGAGAGGCGAUUGGCUGAAUCUUGGUUGCCCUGCCCCCCCGCCUUGCGUCUGUGGUCGCUCGUUUGUCCCAGAGCUGGCGAGCGGAGUCAGACAUUCUUCCCGCGCGUCUGUCACUCCGUCACUACAGCGGAGGGUGCCUGUGGGCCUUGUGUGAGGCACUUCUGCCACCGCUACCCGCACUCUGUACGAGGACAGCAUUUCCGUCCUCUGUAUAAUGAAUUCCAGUAUGAAGCAGAAACAAGAAGUAAUCCAAGAAAAUGUAAAGAAUAGUCCUGUGCCAAGAAGAACUCUGAAGAUGAUUCAGCCUUCUGCAGCUGGAUCUCUUGUUGGAAGAGAAAAUGAGUUGCCUAAAGGCUUAUCCAAAAGGAGACAUUCCAAUGACCCAUUAACACCUAAGACUUCCAGCUCUGGAGCUGUUAUUGACCCAGAAUCUAGUGAAAAUAAAAACCUCAGAGGAGUCACCCAAGAAGCAUUUGAUUUGAUGAUUAAAGAAAAUCCAUCUUCUCAAUACUGGAAAGAAGUGGCAGAAAAACGGAGGAAAGCUCUCUAUGAAGCCCUUAAGGAAAAUGAAAAACUUCAUAAAGAAAUUGAACAAAAAGACAGUGAAAUUGCCCGUCUGAAAAAGGAGAAUAAAGAAUUGGCAGAAGUAGCAGAACAUGUACAGUACAUGGCAGAGGUAAUAGAGAGACUGUCUAGUGAGCCUUUGGAUAACCCUGAAUCAUCGGAUAGCCAGGAAUUUGAUUCUGAAGAGGAAAUUGCUGAGGAUUCUGAGGUGGAAGCCUCAGAAACUGCCACAUGUGAAGAAACCGAAUCUUCUACAGAUGCAAAGCCAAGUACAUGAAGUUCAUUAAUAUCUGACUCUUAAGAAAUACACUGCCAAAGUUUACCUCCACUCUUAGUUCUGUGUAGCAAAAUGGUGGAAUCACAUUUCUUUGACUCCAGGGACCCUAUUAUUGUAUUCAAUACUAUAUAUUUUUAAUCUAUUUUAUGUAAAUAACAUUUUCACUUAUUCAGUUGUCAGAUAUGACUGUAUACGACAUGAUAAAUAAACUUCAGUUUCUUAUUGAACAUUGCAUAUCUUGAAAGAAUGGAGUAUGAGAAGUCUAUAGAAAAUGUGUAUAUUUCUAUGCUAUUACAUUGUUUGCUUUCUGUUGCUGCUUGGAAAAAAUGAGGAAACAAUGAAUUUAUCCCAUUUUGACUGAGCUAACUGAAAUUUUAAUUCCCAAACCUGGCUGAACCUCAGACUUACUAUAUUAGUGACUUCCAGAUAUUCUCAGAUAUUCUUACUGAGUAGUUUUUGCCAUAGAGCAUGACAGUCUGUUCCCACAAAUUUCCCAGAGUGGAUCUGAUUAGCAUGGAAGGGCUGGGUGAUAUUGUUCUUGACAGACCCUCUACUUUGUUCCUCCCUGAGCCAGGGGUCAAAGAGGAUAAAAAACAGACAUGGAGCCAGCUCAACAUGCAGCAGCCAGAGGACUCGUACCUCUAAGGCAGAGAGGAGCCCAAGCCUUUGGCUUACCUCACUUUUAUUCACCCAAACACGGACACAAGUGAUCAAAGUAACACAAGAUUCAUCUGGUUUCCAGCAUCCAUUGGUACAAUUCUCUGGUAAACAGCUUAACCUCAGCUGUCUUAGCUUUUCCCUAAUAUCCAGUCACCCUUGAUUGCAGCCGUUCUUCUUUGUGCUCACAGAGGGCAGUUAGGCCUUAACUCUUCUCUGUUCCUCGACAGGAUAGAAUGAUUUCACAACAGAAAGUCUGAAAGUGCCAAAAGUGA